AUGACCAAUCACAUCGGGUAUGCAUUGACCGUGAAUAAAACUAUGGUAGCGUUCCGAUGUGAUGCUUUCAUUGAUGACGGGGAGACCAUGCUCACACGGGCACUACGUGUCCGGAAAGGUUACGAAGGUAGAGGGAUGGUCAAUCGCCUGGGAGACUUCAUCUCUCAGGAAAAUGCAGGAAAUCUAAGGCUCAAACGCAGAGUGUACACAUUCGGCAAUACAAAUCUCUUAAAGAAAGUGGAGCAGGGGAAGGCCACCCUCGUUCUACAGAAGGCCAUCUUGCUCUACAAAGGACUAGUGUCAAAGGUCGUCCCUUCUCUCCCUACCGUUACCAAUACACAAAUCAGGAUCCUGAACAAGGCGGACAUGCAGAAACUACUUUCAUCAAAAACAGACACGGACAGUUUGUUUCCUCAAGGAAGAAUUAUUGCUGACUGGGUACCGUAUCGUCUGUUGGCCAUUAAUGUCGAUCAUUUCUUCAACGACUUCUGUCUUAUUUUAGGCAGUGACUGUAAAGAUGGGGACUCGGUCAGACUCGAACUCAUGACACUGGCAGUUAGUUACACGGUACCUAACGGAAUUAGGUACACUAUAGAAAUAUAUGGUAGUUUGACAGAACAAAUGUUUUCAGAUCACAUGGCAGAGCAUCUCAGAAAAUGUUCUACGUUUGACCGUGAUAAUAUUAAUCUUUUAAUACACCAUGAACAAGGCAGACAUGAUCCAGACAUUAUUACGAAAACCAUGCAGCAGUUUGGAAUGACUGCUUCUGAUAGAAUUCACUCCACUAUGUAUGCAGCUGAAGAAUCCACGAUUUAAGUAUUUUAUAUAAAAUUAACAUUUUCGGCAAGAUGGUUUGUUUCUGUCUUUGGACGUUGAACUCUUUUGUAAAAUAAACUUGAUAAUGUUCCUUAAAUAUUUGCUGCUUCAAAUAAUUUGACAUUGUUUAUCACAUUUUUAUCUUUUACACUUUGACUUAAAAUACGUCUAUGUGGUUGAAAGUCUCUUAAACAAAGACUUUCUUUACCGACACGAAGAGGGACAGGGAAUGUCAUGGUAUAAUCUCAUUUUUAUAUUUCCAUACAUGUAGGUUAACACAGUUUUAUCAUACUCAAUUUCUUUUACUUCCUAUGGUUUACUCGAGUUUGAUUCAUGUCCAAGCCUUUGUUGAAAAGACUAUGCCCUUAACUUUUGUUUGUAAA